AUGAGUGAAAAUAUAACAACUUUCUCACCACAACCUCUGCAUACACUUCCGCAUCAACCUCAACCACAGUCCCAACAAGGGUUGUCUAAAGAUUUAUUCACCACAUCUCAAAACAACGGCAAACCAACCACUCCAAAUAUGCCAUCGCCUUAUAGAAAGUCAACCCCCCUGUUUUUGCUAUAUGAUGACGACGAACAGCCACAACCUCCACUUCCUACCCAUCCCUACACUGCACACACGGCUCACGGGCAAGUACCACCACCACCAAUAAGAAAUACCCUUGUUAAUAAGCGACAACGACCUGAUGUGUCUACUUUCUCACCACCAGCCCUUUAUUCACCUCCUAUAACCCAGAAUGCCACAUUUAACAGCGGCAGCGGCAGCAGCGGUGGCGGUAGUGGUAGUGGUAGUGGUAGUGGUAGUGGUAGUGGUAGUGGUGGUAGUGGUGGUGCCAAUACUACCACCAAUAUUUUAAAGUUUCCGAUUGAAUCAUCGCAUGCAUAUUCAUAUGCACAUUUAUCGCCAAACUCACUUGCAUUAAGAUUGAAUGUUUUAAGACGAUCGUUGGAAAUCUUAAAGGACAGACCUGAUUUGUUCAAAUCAAUUGCACCACAACAAGAAUCACAUUCGGAUGAAGAGAUUAAAGACGAGGAAGGCGAUUAUAAUUUGCAAUCGAAUGCAUCAUCAGCCGCGUUAGCUGCAUUUUUCCGACCACCGAUCAAACGUAGUGGUAGUUUACCCUUGGUUGAAACCGAAGAGAGGAAAGUUCCCCAGACCACCAUGAGAUCUGUAUCUUCUCAAGAAACAAAUGAUUCCACAAAGCCAUCCCAAGAUCAUAGCCACCACAACAGUCACUACUCCAACAAUGACCUUAAGGAAAUUGUAAAUUUGUUGGAAAACGACCUUGACUUUCUCGUGGAAAACUCACAAAUUGGAUCCGAAACAUUGCAAGAUUUAUCACUCGAGCAAGCACAAACCACUGACGAUGACCGGAAAUUAAAAUUGAAGCAUGAUUUCGUUAAAAGCAAAUUGCUCUAUGCAUUGGCUAUGCCAUUUAUGGAAACCUCGGUAAGAACAACGUCACUUUUGGAAUCUGAUGGUACACAGGGAUCACUUAAACAUGCACCUAUAAGACUGUCGACGACAGCAUUGAAUAUGUUGAAUAAUAAUGCGACAGCUACUACUCCAGUUAGUGCUGGAGCAAGACCAUUUCAUUCAUUACUUGCCGGUAAACAUUCUCUCCCACAGUCGGUGUUUACAAUUGAACCAGAUAUGCCAUGGUCGGUGAUUGCUGCUAAUGACUUGGCCUGUCUUAUGUUUGGUGUGCUGAAGUCAACAAUUAAAUCCCUUACUUUAAUGGAUUUGAUUGCGCCCCAAUUUCGCGAUUUUGUUAUGGACAAAUUGACCAAGUACUUGCAAACGAGCAUGGAGCAGUCUAUGCGACGCCGAGGCAGGAACAAAGGUGACAAUGGUGUCAAGGAUAUUUUAUUUGCUGGAGAAAUUAUUGCCAUUUCACGACCAGGUGACCAGAACUAUGCAUGGACUUCGCUAUGGGCCAAGAAAAAGGGCGGCAUCAUCAUUUGCAUGUUUGACCAGAUUCUUUGUGAUGCGUUUGACGUGUGCAUUCUGAGCCCCGUGCAGCAUAAAGAGUAUCGAAUUGAUUCCGUGCAUGAGAUCGCGGGGAAACUUGUGGAGGAAUAUGAGAUUGGUGAGUUGCACGGUUUGGAACAGUUGAGUGAGUCGUUAAACACAGUGUUGUUGGCUGAGGAGGGUCAGGAUGAAGAUGAGCGCGAUGAAGAAGAUAGUGAUUAUAUUAAUUCUACGAGAUACUUUACCUUGCAAUUGAAUACCAAUGAAAAUAUACCGUGUGCCAUCACAUCCAACCCGCUUGAAAUACAUCCAGACAGAUUGGAGAUUAGGUUGAAGAUCCACACCAUGCCUUAUAUUGCUGGUAUUUUCGUUAUUAGCAGUAAAAGUUAUGAAAUCUUGUCGUGUAAUAAUGCCAUUGCCAAGAACUUGUUUGGGAAAUCGUUUGAUGAAAUCAAGAGUAAGCUGAUUAAUGAAAUUAUCCCUAACUUUACUUCGAUUCUUGAAGUUGGGCUUGAUCAGAAUAUCGACAAGUUUCAAUUGAUGCCGGGCUUAGUUCUCCCCGAACAUUUUUUCAGAAAGUACGAUGCCAUGAUUAGAUGUACUGCUGAUGAAGAUGAGCAAGAAUUGUUUUUGCAUUCCAAUGGUGUACCAGGGGUGCAUCGUGAUGGAAAGACCGUGUUUGUGGAUAUACAAUUGCGAGCCAGUAGCUUGGACACAUUGGUUUUGUGGAUCACGUAUUCGCGUCUGAGCAAGAAUCGACACAUGUUGAAGGAGUUGGACAAGUUAAGCGCGUCCACUAGUUCAAUCAGCUUGGCUUCGUCGGCACCAUUGACGCCGUCGGGGUUGACAAGAGCUUCCACCAUGAAUGAAUCGCGCGAAUCUAAAGAUAGAGGUGUGGAUUCUGGUGCUAAUCUUCCAUCCCAGUUGAAGUUGCUCCAUGAAGAACAAGACAUUUUAGAGUUUUCCCCACAACGCGAAAAUAGACGAGGGUCUGAGGAGAUAGUCCCGCAGUCGCCCAUGGACGUGGAUGAACCGGCGCCUGAAACAAAGGUACGACCAAUAUUGAAGGUUUCCGAAGAAGAUAUACUACAACAAGAGAAUCAACACCUUCAGGAAAAGAUGAAGGCUUCAACACACUGGCCCCAGGAAGUUGGAUUGGUUCGUCGUAGUAAAAAGUUUUCAGAAUUUGAAGUUAUAAAACUGAUGGGUGAAGGUGCCUACGGUAAAGUUGUGUUGGUGCGUCACAAGUCCGACCCUGAGUAUACUAUAAUCAUGAAGUGUAUUGACAAGGAGCGUAUUCUUGUAGAUACAUGGGUGCGCGACCGGAAGUUGGGCACAAUUCCCUCAGAGAUUCAAAUCAUGGCAUAUUUGAAUACUACACCACAUGCAAACAUUAUGAGGAUCAUUGAUUUCUUUGAAGACGACAAAUAUUACUAUUUGGAAACACCGAUAUUUGGGAACCCACCAGCCAUAGAUUUAUUUGAUUUUAUUGAAAUCAAGAAGGAUAUCUCGGAAGCAGAGUGUCAAUACAUAUUCAAGCAAAUUGUAUCUUCGAUUGCCCAUUUACAUUCAAAAGGAAUAGUGCAUCGAGAUAUCAAGGAUGAGAAUGUUAUUGUUGACGAACGCGGAGUUAUCAAGUUGAUUGACUUUGGGUCAGCAGGGUAUGUCAAGCUGGGUCCAUUUGACGUGUUUGUCGGCACCAUCGACUAUGCCUCUCCCGAAGUGCUCCGAGGCGAGAAGUAUGAAGGACGACCCCAGGAUAUUUGGGCGUUGGGGAUCUUACUCUACACGAUGUUGUACAAAGAGAAUCCAUUUUACAAUGUCGAUGAGAUCAUGGAGGGAGAUUUGAGGAUACCGUAUGUGGUUAGCGAUGCCAGUUUGGCGCUUAUACGAAAGAUUCUCGUGCGGGAUAUUCAUAAAAGACCUGUUAUCGAGGAUAUUGUCAAUGAUAGCUGGUUACAAAAUUAG